UGUCUUUUUGCUAUACAAAAUCUUCUUUUUUGUCCAGAGAAAGAAGUUAAAGCAGACACUCAGAUAAAACCUUAUACUGAAGGAUGAUGCCUGAAUAUUCUAUGAUUUUUGCGUCCAAACAAAUACUUUUUUGUCUCAAGAGAAUAGGCCUGGAUUGACCUGCAGGGUUAGUAGUAAUAAAAUGAUUUAAUAGAUUACUCUAUUGAGUUACUCAGUAGAAAAGCCUUGAGAAUAAUGGUUUGAAACGUGAAAUAGUGAAAUAGUUUUUUGGAUGAUAAAUGCUGAAAUUUCGAUGUUUCCCUUUUAGUAAUAGUUUGGUGGGAUAUUAAUCCGGAAGUUAUCUCAUGCAGGCUGAAGAUGGCGUUGGUCUACCUGAGGAAAUUCUUGAGGGAUCGAGCUUUGAGAAGGCAGCACAUUUGUACUUCAUGUUUAUUCGUUUUGACUUCCUCUGGUCACUUAAUUAUCUCGCACUAGUAGUUCUAAAUUUCCUUGAGAAACCUUUGUGGUGUUCCAAGCAUUUGGCUGAGUCUUGCAAUAACCGAGACUACUACUAUCUAGGAGAGCUGCCAUAUUUGACUGGUGCUGAGUCCCUUAUAUAUGAGGUAAGCUUUUGCAUGGCUGGUCUGAUUGUUAAAUACGAGUCUUUAAUAGGCGUAUGUGAAGAAGCUAAUCAGAACUAUCAAUGGUUCCGAAUUUUUCCUAAUACAGCGAAUUUUAUUGGUUUCGGCCGUCAUCAAGUUUGAUUAUUCUGAAGAGCCUUAGGAGAUGUUGCCUCCUAGAGUUCAGCAUUGAUGCAUGUGCUUCUGCAUGGAAACUUAUAUUAAAUCUCUAUAGGAAGCUAGAUGAAGUGUAUUAAAGACUGUUCCCGAAUUCUCAGCAAAUGUUGGCAGGAAAUAACGACAUAAAAGAGAGAUGGAGAGGAUAUUUUGAUCAAUUGUUCAACUCAAAUCACUAGGAUAACUUCGUAGAUACAUAUAACCUUGCACGAUAGAAAUUCUUCCUGCGCUCGUAAUAUUAGAUUGUCAGAAGUAAAGGAUGCCAUGAAAUAUAUGAGUAUCAGAAAAGUUGUUUGGUCUAGAUGGUAUCCGUAUAGAGGUUUGGAAGUAUUUUGAGGAGGUGGAGUAGUUUGACUGGUCAAGCUAUUUAAUUUUAUGCUAGAGGCAGAGGCGGAGCCAGGAUUUGAGGUUUGUGGGUUCGGAAUUUUAAGACAGGACAAUGACCUCAAGUUAAUGUAUAACAACCGCCAAAUUAAUGAACAAGUACCGGUAAUUAAUAUAUUGAAAUAAAUAUAUUAAACAGUCGGAUGUUUUGUUUUAGAGCAAAGGUUGUUUUUUUUAUUUUUUUUCAAUUAUUAAUUUUAUGUUUUGUUUUUUAAAAAUAAAAACCUACACAUAGGAAAAAGAAAAAAAAAAGCUUCUGAGUAAAGCCUAGGGAAAAACUAAUACAAGAGUGAGCUAUAUUAUUUUAUUGUUUAAAAAAGAGAGCAUAUAUAUAGCAAAAUAGGAACUAGCGUUAAAAAUGAAACAUGUGGGUCUCGAACCCACAUCUCGGGGAAACAAAGGGCCUUACAAGCCGCGCCUCAAACCACUGAAUCAUCAGCUUGCAUUUAUUUGUGGGUUCAGAUGCAAAUAAAUAUAUAAACUUACUAGAUUUUCUAGUACAAAUAUAGGGUCUACGCAAAAGUUACUGGGUUCGGCCAAACCCCCCAGUUACAUUGUAGCUCCGCCCCUGGCUAGAAGUGGUAGGAUAUCCAACUAGUGGAGAAAGAGUAUCCGGAUUCCAUAUGUAGGAACAUAAGAGAUAUUCAAAGUCGUGCGAACUAUCAUGGCACUGAACUUAUGAGCCACACAGUAAAAGUUUGGGAAAGAGUGAUAAGAGUGUGUAAUUAGGGACACUACAGAAGUGACAAAGAACCAUUUUGGACUUAUUCCUGCUAGAUCUACAGCGGAGGUUAUAUCUUUGUUGAGAAGAUUGAUGGAAGUUUAUCGCGUGGGGAAGAAAAAUCUAGGCGUGAUGUUCAUAGACAUAGAGAAAGCUAUGAUAUUCCCUUUUUCUAACAUCCACCAAACGACUUCUCUGGUGGACAUAGCUUUAACUGGUGCCCAUUCUCGGCAUAACCCGCAAUAAUAUUCUUGUGCAAGGUUAUAUGUAUCUACGAAGUUAUCCUAGUGAUUUGAGUUGAACAAUUGAUCAAAAUAUCCUCUCCAUCUCUCUUUU